AUGUUUGAUCCUAAUUAUUCUAUCUUCUCCUCCAAACUUCCCUUGUUCAAUAUCACUACGAAGGGGUUAACUAAUACUGGUAACAUAUGUUAUAUGAAUUCUAUCUUACAGAUCUUAUUAUACUGUGAACCAUUCAAUAGAUUAUUGAAAUUAAUAGAAGAUAAAUCUAUUGGAAAUUUAAGUAAAGUAUCUCCAACACCAUUAUUGGAUGCUACUAUCAAAUUCUUUAAUGAAUUUGUUGAUAAUCCUAUCAAUAGUAGAACCAUAUCACCUGAAACUUUCUAUAUGAACUUAAUUAAUCAUAAGAAAUUCUCCCAUUUGAAAUGGGGACAACAAGAAGAUGCUGAAGAAUUCAUGGGUUACUAUUUAGAUGGAUUAAAUGAAGAAUUUGUUGAAGCCAUUCGUAAAUUGAAUACUCCAAAUGAUGAUGAUGCUGAUGAUGAAGAUUAUACUCGAUUUAAUGAUGAUAAUGAUGGAUGGAAUGAAGUUGGAUCCAAUAAUAAAUCCAUUAGUAUUAAUAAAGCUGUUGAAGUUGAACCAACUCCAAUUAACUUUAUAUUUGGAGGACAAUUUAAAUCAGUAUUAACCAUUCCAAAAUCAGCCACAUCAAAUCAAUUUAAAAAAUCCAUAACAUUCGAUCCAUUUCAAAAUCUUCAAUUAGAUAUUAGUGAAGCUGAUUCUAUUGAAGAUGCAUUUAAUAAUUUAAAUAAUAUUGAAAAGAUCUCAUUUAAAUCCAAGCAUAAUAAAGAAUUACAAAUUAAAAAGCAAACAUUUAUUGAUAAAUUACCUCAAGUAUUAAUUAUACAUCUUAAAAGAUUUUCAUUUCUUAAAGAAAAAGAAGUGGGAAUUGAAAAAUUACGUAAAAGAGUUGAUUAUAGUCAUGAUUUAAAGAUUCCUAAAGGAGUAUUAUCUAAUAAUAUUAAAUUAGGAGGUGAUGAAGAAUUGAUUUAUAGAUUAACUGGUGUUGUAUAUCAUCAUGGUAGUAGUGCUGAAGGUGGACAUUAUACUAGUGAUGUAUUAAAGAAAUCUUGUAAUGAAUGGGUAAGAAUUGAUGAUACAUUAAUUAAAUCCGUAUCAGAAGAUGAAGUGCUAGGAGGUCCUGAAGAAAAUAUUAAGAAUGCUUAUAUCUUAAUGUAUGAGAGGAAGUAA